AUGACUCGCACCGCAGUGCUGAUGCUGGUGGUUGUGGCGGUGGUGGCAACAGCAUCCCAGACUAAGAAAACAAUUCCUGAGAGGGUGUGCCAUACCAAGGAAUAUGUCCCCGUGUGUGUGAGUAAUGGCGUGACGUAUUCCAACCUGUGCACCCUGGACAUUGCAUACUGCAAUGACAAUGACAUCACCAUAAGGAGUCUUGGUAAAUGUGAAAAGAAACAGUGCGCCAAAUGGUGUAGUAACACCGCCGACCCAGUGUGUGGCACAGACGGGGUGACCUAUGAGAGUGACUGCAUGUUGGAUAAUGCAAGAUGCAACGACGCUACCCUCCAUCUGGCCUACCGGGGCGAAUGUGGAGAGAUACUGUGUCCAGACGUCUAUUGUGACCCGAACGAGUAUAAACCAGUGUGUGGUACCAACGGUGUCUCUCUAACUUCCCUGCAUGUUUACUCAGCGACCUGCCACGACCCUACCAUCUUCAUCUCCACACAAGGAGAAUGCAAGAGGGAGUGUCUUCGGCCAUGCACCAAGGAAUAUGUCCCCGUGUGUGGCAGUAAUGGCGUGACGUAUUCCAACCUGUGCACCCUGGACAUUGCAUACUGCAAUGACAAUGACAUCACCAUAAGGAGUCUUGGUAAAUGUGAAAAUUCUCAGGAAGAAGAGUGCCCUACACUCUGCCCUCUUCACUAUGACCCUAGGUGUGACAACAAUGGCAAGGUGUACGGAAAUGAAUGCCAACUGAACAUCGCCAUUUGCAACGACCCGUCCCUCAAACCAGGAGCUUGUCAGAUUUGGACAAUAAGGAACAAACUGGCAAAUUGAAGAUGAAGACAAGGUAAAUGAAGGAGCGACCACCACCACCACCUGUCACCACCUGUCUCCCCUGACACCACCUGCCACCACCAGUCUGACACCGCCACCAUCUACCACCACAAUACCAUCUGCCAACACUUGAUACCACCAGCAGUACCUGCCAACACUACCUACUGCCACCACUACCUUCCUGCCUGGCCCAGCACAAGUUAAGUCUCCGCCAAUGACUGAUUAUGAGACGCGGUUUUCAGUACUCAAAUUAUAAUAUCAGUUUGUGGUUUUCUACCCGGUGUCUGUAAUAUCACUGUACUCACCUGUAUUUCUUGAAGUUAUACCUGUAAAUUUUGAACGUUUCCAACAGGAGUUAGGAUACAAUUUGCCUCGGGUACAGAUAAUGUAAAUGAGACCCAGAGCAAUACGAAAAAGAAGACAAGUUUUCUUUUUACACGGAAUCGAAUCAAAACAUUAACAUCAAGGUACUGUAGAGAUCUCAAUAAGGUUUGUGUGAUGGUUUAUUUUCAGGUUUGAUGUACGGAAACACUACCUUAACUAAAUACGCUCAAUUAGAAUCAAAAUCCACAAGAACAGUAAAAAUAGUUGCUCCUAAUUUCCCAAGAGGUUUCAGCCUUUGAAAAUCUUGGAAUUGAUUCUAUUAAGUUUCUAUUAAUUUUGUCUUGUUGUUACAUAUAUAUCCUAGUUUCUAUGUCAGUUUUAAGUGUUUUGUUUACACAUUCAAGGAUUAUGUUUGUAACGUCUUUGAAGUACAGUACUGAUUUAUCUGUUAAGAUAUUAGGCUACUUAUGUCAUUAUUGGAACAUUUAUUAUUAUUAUUAUUAUUAUUAUUAUUAUUAUUAUUGUUAUUAUUAUGAAUAUGUUCCAAUAAGAAAAAACUGAAAAUAGGACAUCUGAAACUAUAUAUAACAAUGCAGUAUUCUAAUACAGUAUUGUAUGAUUAAAUUUAACACGUAACACACGUAAGAUAAUCAAUUAUCUCCUUACACUGCAAAUAUUACGUCAAUUUUCAAAGAUGUAAGAUAUUGAGGAAUAAAAAUGCAUUAUA